UCAUGACGGUCAAAAAUGGGCGACCGCCGCAGUGAAGAAGAAUAUGGGUCCAACGGCUUUUUCGUAGUUCCAUUGCCAUUCAUGGGCAGUUUGAAACCGUUAGUGUCUUCUAUUAAAUUUGGAAACCAACCAAACGAACAGAAGAAGUCCAGAACUAGAUCACCGUUCAGUCGCAGCAAGCAAAGAAGGAGGAAGAUGAUGAAGAUGAAGAACGUCGUCGUAGUGUUGGUUUUGUGCGUCAUCUUCUCUGGUAUGGAGAACGCCGUCGUAGACUCUGCUGCAGUUGACUGCUAUGAUGCUUGCAGCACUGGCUGUGUCCAAAGAGACACGAGACUUAUGGCACGCUGUGAUCGCAAGUGCCAGAUUAGGUGCGGUCCAGAUUCUCAAGUUGAGCAGAAUGUCAAUUAACAAAAGGUGAAGAAAAUUGACGACCACAUGAAGAAAUAAUAUGUAACUUAUGGCAAUGGAGAUACUCUAAGCCAGUAAUAAAUGAAAACAUUUGUGCUUUGGAAGGUAUGCGAGUUAUCGUUUGAAGAACCAAAUUACUUGAUCCUUUAUAUUUAAAGUUACUUUUACCAAAAACUGUUGGGUUAAGUUCGUUCA